AUGAAGGUGGCCGUGUACCAGCGGCACGAGGACUUAGGCAAACACCUGCGCCUCCACCACCAUGGCGCCAGCAGAAGGUGGGUCUGCGGGGUCUGCUUCUUCACCGACGACAGCGCUUAUGCGCUGAAGAAGGUGAGGAAGCACCACGCAGACUCCCAUGCAAAUAAUGCGGUGCCUCGUGCCGCUGGGGCACGGACAUCUGCCCCCGCGGGAAGGGUUAGUGGCGGUGCACCCUCGGUUGGGGGGGAUUCAGCCGAGGAGCGACCCUCUAUUGACGUGGCUUUGCCCGAGACGACGCAGAGGCCUUCUCCGUCACCACUGGAAGCGGCGGCACCCACCACGCGUGGAGGCGCGCUAGCGCGCGCCAAGAAAACUACUACCUCAACCAACUCCCGGACCACGGUGGCUGCCAAACCAAGCAACGCGCCGAAGAGAAAACCGGUCAUCACUUCUACGGUGACGGGGAGGAAUUUAUUGACGGGCUGGGCCAUUAAAAAGACGGCAGCGACAUCGACCACGAGGAAGAGCGGGACGCCGUCCAGCCCCGCUGAUGGACGACCUCCAUCCACGGGGAGUCCCGCCACCCCGCCGACCGUGGAUCUCACCACACCUCCAGCGGGAACCGGCGCCGCCAAAAGGACCAGCGGCGGGUCAGUGUCAAUGAGGAGGCCGAGCGGGGGUGCAUCCACCACCCUGACCCCCCCCAUAAAGGAAAAGGAGAAGAGCCCGGGGACGAAGAGAAGGAGCACCCGGGCUACGACGGAGCCUCCUCAACCUGGCCCGCCCCAACGGACAGCAGCCAGGAAGGUGACCCCCGCCGUCACCUACGCUGAAGUGACCAGGGGCACGUCGACCGUCACCACAACCAUGACGACGAGGAGGAUGGCACGGGCGACCUCCCUCCCGCCUGUGCCGAGGAAUGACAAGGAUGGGGGCGCAUCUACCACCCAAGCGCCCCCCACCAUGCCAGUGACGGCGACGUGCACCUUCGCGACGGCGGGGACACUGACCUUAACGACGACCUCGGUCUAUAGCAAGCCGGUGGCCGUCGUCACCGUCGCUACAAGAAGGAGCGGAGGGGGAAUCUCGCCGAGGGGGCUGAAGAAAAAGAUUCAGGAGGAUACGGUGCUCCUGGAGUCCGCGCCGACGACCAGGGCGCGGGCUACUAGGGCAACCACCGAGCCCCCUCGGACCCCCCCCAGGGCGAAACAGACGAAGAAAAGGAGGAGCCCACCAGCGGAUAUGAGCCCUGCGACGGUUAAGUAA